AUGGUCCACACGCGAGGCAUGGGGAAGGCAUCCAGAGCGCCACCUUCGUCAACAAACUCCACUCUCACGCUUCCUGCGCCCUCCCGACGCAUCGCGGGCAAACGCAUCGCUGGCAAACGCACCGCUGGCAAACGUGGCCCAACCAAACGUGCCACCCCCCGGACACCUACAGCCCCCAAGGCCACCCCCUCGAGCGGCGAGCAACCCGAUACCGACGAUGAUUCGAUCACCUGCUGGAUCCCUGCCCCCGAGGUGCCGGGUUUGCGUCCUGUCGAGAAAAAUGACUUUCACACGGAGGGCUUUGUCUGUUUGUGUUACUGGAGUCCCGACAAGACCUGGUUUGCCAUACGUAUCUGCACGCCCAACACUGACCCGAGGCUGCAAGACCUACUGAGAGAUCUUAUCUCCGAAGCCGAGGCGUGGAGUAAGAAGGAAGAGAAGCAGGGCGGUGGUGCGGGAGGCGUCCCGGACAAAACCACCAGCAUCGAGAAUUUCAUCCGCGACACCAGUCCCUCGCGCUGGUACAGCGAAGAUGAUGGAGGAAAACAGCUGGAUCAAUUCAGCUGGGUGCCCCAGAUGGCAUGCAUGCAGUUCGACGAAACCUUUGCCCGCGAGAACAAGCUGCCUUUCGUGGAUCUGGCGAUAAAGGACCUCGCGUCCUUCAGGGCAAAGCAAGGCUUGCUCGCCAUGAACGAGUCCGUUCAAGCGAUGCCAGCAAAUGAGGAGGAGAUGCCAGUCAACAAUGAAGAGGCGAUGGCCGUCGAUGAUCAGGAGGAGCCAGUAAAUGUGGAGGAUAUGCCAGUCGGCAAUGAAGAGGUGGUGGUCAUCGAUGAUCAGGAGGAGCCAGCAAAUGAGGAGGAUAUGCCGGUCAACAAUGAAGAGGUGAUGGUCAUCGAUGAUCAGGAGGAGCCAGCAAAUGAAGAGGAUAUGCCGGUCAAUGAUGAAGAGGUGAUGGUCAUCGAUGAUCAGGAGAAGCCAGCAAAUGAGGGGGAGAUGCUCACCGAGGAGCAGGAGAAGGCUGCCGAGAAGGAAGAGAAGCCGGCAGAUGAGGAGGGGAAGCCUGCCGAGAAGGAGCAGAAGCCUUCCGAUGAGGAGGAGAAGGCCGCCAAUGAGCAGGAGAAGCCUGCCAACGAGGAGGACGCCAACGACAAGGCCGCUGAGCCGGAAGAGUCUUAG